AAGUGAUAACCACGUCAUUUGUCUCUGCGCUGUGUGACUACAUCCAUGGGGACUCUGAAAAUGUAUGCUGGAGCUUUUGCUCUCUAUUUCUUUCUGGGUUCUGGUGUGUUUGCCACAGACCAACCAAGCUUGUCUGACAUUCUAAUCAAACUUCAAGCUAUGCAAGGAACUAUAAAUGAAAACCGAAACAAGCUUCAGUCAAUCCCAAGCAAACUUCAAGAUCUGAAAGAAACGCUCCAGGCAAUACCAAGCAAAUUUGAAUAUUUUACGGAAAGCCUGCAAGAUAAUCACAUCAAGCUCGAAACUAUAGAAGGAACUGUACAAGAUAAUCAAAACAGACUCCUGGCUAUUCCAAACAAAUUGCAAACGCUUCAAGAAACUGUACAAGACAAUAAAAAGCUACUAGAUGUGUUGGAGAUGCUAACUCCCAUUCCAAUCGAAACUUGUAAAGUUAAUAUGGACAGACCUCUUUUUAGAAAAUACUACCAUAUCCAUGGUGAAAAACUGGCUUUGUGUGAUACAGAAACUGACGGUGGAGGAUGGGUUGUUAUUCAGAGACGCAUAAAGGGAGACGUUUUAUUUAAUAGAACCUGGGAAGAAUAUAAGCAAGGAUUUGGUUCCGUCGAAGGGGACUUUUGGAUAGGAAAUGAAAAAAUCUCAAGUUUGACUAUGAUGGGCUACAAUGAACUUAGGUUUGACAUGAAAUAUAAAGGUGCAUCUUACUACAUGAUAUACAGUAAUGUGAAGGUGGGAAAUGAAGCAGAUUUGUAUAGAAUAAUGUUUACAUUCAAGACAGGCAACGCUAAAGACAACUUUAGUCGUCAUAAUGGAAUAGCUUUUUCCACAUUUGAUAGAGACAAUGAUGCAUUUCCUGAAGGCCAUUGCGCCCGGGAUUUGAAGAGCGGCUGGUGGUUCAAAAUGUGCCUUCAUGUUAACAUGAACGGCGUGUGGGCAAGUAAAGUCUUUGGUCAAGGAAUUAGCUGGGGAGAUAUAACAGACUACAAUGAUUCUCUGGAAUACGUCGAAAUGAAACUACGUCGACUUUGAACUUUAAAGAUUAAACCUAAGAGCUCUAUUCACAUCUGUGGCAUUUCUUUACUAAUGUUUGAAAAUUGAAAGAAAUAUUACCUAAUUGUAUUCCUUCUAUGUUUUAAGAUCAUUAAAAGCUGAUCAAC